AAAUGUGAUGUGAUGAGACAUUGCUUGAUCCCUCCUCUCUCAUUCUCUUCAUCUUCUUCUUUCUCUCAAUCACUUUCUUCACUCUUUCCCACACCAUAAAUCCUUCCUUCGCCAAUUGUUUCGCUCUUCUAAUAAUCAAUAAUCAUCAUUUCCAUUUCAUUAUCUUCAAAGUCCUCCUUCUUCUUCUUUCCCUCUCAUUUCUCCCAACUCUCUCCAUCUGGUCCUGGAGCUUGGCUAUGGCGAUUCCCGCGGCCCUGGUGAUCCUGCCAUUGGGCGUUCUCUUCUUCUUCUCUGGCCUCGUCGUUAACCUCAUUCAGGCAAUAUGUUAUGUUCUUGUAAGGCCGAUAACAAAGAAUGGUUACAGAAGGAUGAAUAGAUUUGUGGCUGAACUUUUGUGGUUGGAGCUUGUUUGGCUAAUUGAUUGGUGGGCAGGUGUUCAGAUUAAAGUGUUCACGGAUCGUGAAACCCUUAAAUUAAUGGGUAAAGAGCAUGCACUUGUUGUCUCUAAUCACAGAAGUGAUAUUGAUUGGCUUGUUGGGUGGAUUCUAGCUCAGAGAUCCGGAUGUCUUGGCAGCACGCUAGCUGUAAUGAAGAAGUCAUCAAAGUUUUUGCCAGUUUUAGGUUGGUCAAUGUGGUUCUCGGAGUACCUUUUUCUUGAAAGAAGCUGGGCCAAGGAUGAAAUUACCUUAAAGUCAGGUCUUUUGCGGUUGAAGGACUACCCUUUACCUUUUUGGUUGGCACUUUUUGUGGAAGGGACUCGAUUUACAGAGGCAAAACUUUUGGCAGCUAAAGAGUAUGCAAUUGCCAACGGAUUACCUGUCCCCAGAAAUGUUUUGAUUCCACGCACAAAGGGUUUUGUGUCAGCUGUAGGUCACAUGCGCUCAUUUGUUCCAGCAAUUUAUGAUGUUACAGUAGCUAUUCCCAAAACCUCACCUACACCUACGAUGCUGAGACUCUUCAAGGGGCAGGCUUCUGUGGUGCACGUGCACAUUAAGCGACAUUCAAUGAAAGAACUGCCUCAGUCAGAAGAUGCCAUUGCUCAAUGGUGUAGAGAUAUGUUUGUGGCAAAGGAUGCACUGAUGGAUAAGCAUGUAGCAGAAGACACCUUUAGCGAUGCAGAGUUGCAAGAACUUGGUCGGCCAAUCAAGUCCCUCUUGGUAGCAAUUUCAUGGGCAUGUCUACUCAUCUUAGGGUCCCUCAAGCUUCUUCAAGGCUCUACCUUUUUAUCUUCAUGGAAAGGUCUUACAUUCUCCGCAACCGGCCUUGCCAUUGUUACAGUUCUCAUGCAGAUCCUCAUACGUUUCUCCCAGUCAGAGCGGUCGACUCCGGCAAAGGUCGUCCCAACCAAGGCGAACACAAGUGGCAGACCACUCGAUCCCAGACAACAGCCAAAACAAAAGUAGGGUGUAGGACAAACAGAAGUCACUUUUGCCUAAAACCUUCGUAAUAUUUCUUUUUACACGAUCGCUCUCGUUUAAAGGCAGUCGUAACUCGUUGUAGGUUUUGUGAACUUUAUACGUGUGUUUUGGCCACUGUAUUGUAUGUUCACUCCAACUCUCUUUCCCUUCUCAUAUCAAACCUUUUCCUCCUUAGAACCUGUAUUUUGCAAAUUACUAAAUUGGCCAUUCAAUUCUUUUUCUUUUUUUUC